AUGAGCGACGACAAAGGGGAGAUUGUGUUACACAAAGAUGCCGGACGUGCCACCGUAAAGUUUCCUAUGCUGACUACCUCAAACUACACUGUCUGGUCCAUGAGGAUGAAGAUAGCUCUUAAGGUUAGUGAAGUGUGGGAAUCAAUAGACCCUAGAACCGAAGAUAUGAAGAAAAAUAAUAUGGCGAUUGCGUUUCUGUUCCAAUCCAUACCGGAAGCUUUGAUCCUGCAAGUUGGUGAUAUAGAUACAGCAAAAGGAGUGUGGGAUGCAAUCAAAGCAAGACACGUUGGAGCUGAACGAGUUAAAGAAGCUAGACUACAAACUCUAAUGGCAGAGUUUGAUAGAAUUAAGAUGAAGGACAGUGAUACGAUUGAUACCUUCGUCGGCAAGCUUUCAGAAAUCUCUUCAAAAUCUGCCUCCUUAGGAGAGACAAUAGAAGAGUCAAAACUUGUUAAGAAGUUUUUAAAGAGUUUGCCGAGGAAAAAAUACAUUCACAUGGUCGUAUCACUCGAGCAGGUUCUUGAUCUUAGAACAACGAGUUUUGUCGAUAUCGUUGGUAGGCUAAAAGCUUACGAAGAAAGAAUUGCUGAGGAAGAAGAAGAUACAUAUGAUGAUUCAUGCAAGUUGAUGUAUGCAAGUUCUGAAUCAAGUCACGAAGGCUAUGGAAACAGCUAUGGAAACCGAGGACGAGGUCGCGGCGGAAAAACAAGUUGGAGAGGUAGAGGUCGCGGCCGCUAUAGCUCUUUUCAACAACAAAGAGAGGCUUACAAACAAGGACGAAAUGUACUAUUAGGGAAGAUGAAUAAUCACAUCACGCGUAAGGCGCAGAUUAUUACCUAG